AUGUUUUGUUGUUGUUUUAAAUGAAAUUUAUACAUAAUAAAUUAAUUUGUAAUGAAUAAUAAUCCUAUAAAUGAUGAUAAUAAUUUAAUAAUAUCACCACGACAGAGAAAGAAUCCAAUUCUGAGGUUUAUAAAAAAUGUUUCUUACAUUGAAGGAGAUAUUGCUCCUGAUUUUAUCAUUUCCAGCGAUAUCUACGUGCUAUUUCUAUCGCUCAAAUACCACAGAGUUAACAUUAACUACAUAAAAAAUAGACUUGAAUCGUUGACUCAGUAUAAAAUCAAAAAUCUGUUUAUUAUUUGUCAAAUCGAUGUCUCCGAUUAUAAUCAACUACUAAUAAAUUUGUUAACUGUAACCUUUGGAUAUGGAUGUAAAAUAUUGUUGAGUUGGAACGCUCGAGAGAGUGCGGCAAUAGUUGAAAUACUGAAUCUGAACCGCUAUAGAGGAAUAGAGACGAUAAGUAAAAAAACGUAUAUGUCACACAGAGAGUCAGUUAUCAACCUAUUACUUAAUAUAAGAAAAUUAAAUAAUAACGAUGUAAAUUUUCUAUGUGAAAAGUAUAACACCCUUAAGGACAUUAUGCACUUUGACCCAAAGUCUAUAAUAGAUUUUAAAGGACUAGGGGAAAAGAAGGUUGAAGCACUAUCAGCCGCCUUUACGAAUGAUUUUUAUUAAAUUGUUUCAAGAGAUUUAUCGUUUUUCAAUCCCGUGUUUCAAAUCACUCGGUACAUAUUCGUUUUUUAAUAGAAGCUGACUGAAAAAGAUUUUAAUAAUUUUUUAACUUACAAUUUGAUCCGCCACCAGGCUCCUUUCUUACGACAACUGGGACGUACUCGUCUUGCUUAGCUUCCUUAUCUAAAGCGAAUUUAGAUUUGAACAAUAGAAUUUAAUAGGUUAUUUAGAGUGUAUUUACCUUCUGGUUGUAUAUCUUCAGGGUUUCCACCGACAGUCUCAGUCUUUGCCUCAACAUGAACUGAUUGUGUAACAGCCGACACAGCUAUAAAUUUUUUAAAACUUGUACUUUCACGUUUAUA